AUGUUGCAGUCAGUUCCAGAGCACCUACGCUCCAAAAUAAGCUGGAGACUGAGGACGAGACUUCUCGAACGGAUCAAGAACGCCAUGAAGAAGACUUCCAGGAACCUGUCCGGAGAGACGUACGCAGGGCGACUGGCAUGGGAAGCCCAAUCGCAAAAGCGGAAGCAACGCCCAAAGAAGGAGCUCAGUCGCCUGAGACGCGACAAAAAUUUUCUCCAGUUCCCCAGAAAGAAGGCCCGUCAGACGAAGGAGAGUCAGAUCAUUCGCCGAGCCGGUUUCCGGAACUGUCUGGUGCUCAAGUGCCAAGGGAACAAGAGCAAGAACAAGAGCCAACGGCACGAACCGAAGAACAAAGGCGGACUGAACUGGUUAUGGAAGAAGUUCCUGCGCCUGCCGACGCCAAGGUUGCACAUGAUGAAGACAUACCCACCCGCCGUCGCAUCGAUAGCUCAAGCGGGCCCUUCGAAGAUGACAAUGCCUGGAUCAACAGCACGGUCGACCUCUCGCGCUCAAAGACCAUCCCAAGAUCAUCCACCGGAUAUGAAGGUGAUCGAAGACUUUCAGGUGCAAAUCCAGAAGAAGCGCAGAUCGCACGAGCAAACACACGUCGUGCAACCUCAGGACGAGUGCCUGAUUCCGCAACAGCCUCACAAUCUGCACGAAAAGACUCAACAACCGCCACGCGAAGGCUGUCGUCGUCAGUCAAGAGGACGAACACGCGGCGGAAGUCAUCAGCAGUCGGAGAAGACAGAGCAGCGCCAAUCCUCACAGAACUACCAACGGUCUUCAGAGCACCGACACGAUCGGCGACGAUCCCCUCAAUAUCUCGACAAGCCAGUAUCCGGCGAGGGUCUGCCGCUCCUAGAAGGGGUACAGCAGUCUCCCCAGAAGCUUUGCCAGACAUUCAAGCCAGACCAACAAAGGAAGGCAGCUCAAGAUCAACCCCGCGGCAAGAGUCCAGAGGUGCGGCCUCGCCUGUCGCGGUACAACCAGGUCGACGGUCAUCUACUGCAACUAGAACAGGUACGCCAAUCUCCCGAGCGGUGUUACCAGAAUUUGGAGCCUCAAGGAGAGGGGGAGACGGACCUAUGUCGGCCACAUCACAAGGCUCGCGUGGUACAAUGUCGCCAGUCCCAGCUUACGACCGGGGAAAUUCUCCUGCCGGAAUACAACCAUCGAAAGGUUCAUUGGGUACAACUCAGCGCGCAGACCAGAUCUCAGAACAACAAACCCAGUCAAGCCCACGACCAGAACCAAGAGAUGCUAAGCCAGCAAUGCCGCGCCGAGUGA